UGUUUCAUCAUUGCUUUAUCCAGUCUUCAUCACAGUAUCAUUGUGAAAAGAAUACAAUUAUUAUUAAUAAAUUUUAAACUUGAAAAAGUUUUAAUUAAUAUUAUCAACAUGAAGGCAUUCUUUGCACUCGCACUUGUGACAGUUUGUAUUUUUGCACUUUGCAAUGAUGCAUAUGCUGUACCAUCAGACAUGGACAAGGCAAAAGAUGUAAAAGAACCAGCAGUAGCAUCAAAAGAUGUUAAAGAUGCAAUUAAAGCAGCUAAAGAUCAAAAGAAAACUAAAAAAGAAUGCGCCAAAGAUUGUGGUACCGCUUAUGACCCAGUGUGCGCUCAUGAUCCAGCAAAUCCAAGCUUCAAACCAAGAAGUUUUGGUACACAAUGUGCUAUGGAUGUCGUCAAUUGUGAAAUGGGAACAAAACUCGUCGUCAAAAACAAAGGCGAAUGUGCUGGUUCGACUGGUACAAGACUAUCAUAAUUACUUUUUUUUGUCACAACAUUAAAUCCUCCGAAGCCACAAAUAUUAUAUCGCAAUCUUUAUAAUGUAGAUAAGAAAACAUAUUAAAUCAUUAAAAUGCAUAAAUAUUAAA